AUGGCAACCACGACACUCUUUGUUAUUCUUAUUAUCACCAGUGUUCUUGCUUACCCUAUAAACGCGAGGAGCCUAAUUGCAAUGAAGGCAAAAACAAAAGCAUCAGCUGAUGAACAGAAUGAAUAUUUCCAGCACCCUUUUUUGCCUUUUUUUGGUGGUUUUGGUGGUGCUAGAGGUGCAAUUAGGCCUCCAUUUGGUUUAGGAGCCGGCAUUGGUGGAUUUGGUGGUAGUAUUGGAGGUGCUUUUGGAAGUGGUUUUGGUCCUUUCGCCGGAAAUGGUGGAACAAGUAGUGCUGGAGCUGGAAGUGGAAGUGGAAGUGGAAGUGGAUUUGGUUCUGGUAUUAAUGAAGGCUUUGGAGAUAGUGGUGGCAAUAAUCCUAAUGAUAAAAUUGAAGGUGAACAUGAUGCAGGAGGAGGAGGUGGUGGGGGGGAUGGAACUAGUGGUUCUGGUCAUGGGGAAGGAUUUGGAGCUGGAGCUGGAGUUGGUACAGAAGGUGGUGGAGGGUCUGGUGGGGGAGGUGGUACUGGCGUAGAUGGAGGGUAUGGUCAUGGUAGUGGUUUUGGAGCAGGUGUAGGUUUUGGAACUUUUGGUGGACGUAAAGGUGGUGGUGGUUUUGCAGGGGGAGGUGGAGGAGGUGGUGGCGGUGGUGGUGGUGAGGGUGGUUCUGCUGGAGGAUCAGGUCAUGGUAGCGGCUUUGGAGCUGGAGUUGGUGGGGCGGGUGGAGGUGGUGGAGGAGGAGGAGGAGGUGGUGGUGGUGGUGGAACCAACGGUGGAUAUGGUCAUGGAAGUGGUUUCGGGAUGGGUGUAGGUUUUGGUGGAAAUGGUGGUGGUGGUGGUGGUGGUGGUGGAGGAGGGGGAGGUGGAGGCAGCAAUGGCACGGGUGGAGGUUCUGGCCAUGGUAGUGGUUCUGGAGCAGGUGGUGGUGGUGGAGGAGGAGGUAGAAAUACGAAUGAUGAGAAUGGUGGUGGUUCUGGUUAUGGUGAAGGAGAAGGCAGUGGAUAUGGUGGCAAUUAUAGUAAUGAUAAUGGUGGCAUUGGAAUGGGAUUUGGUAUUGGUAUGGGAUUUGGCUUUGGAAUGGGAACAGGUACAGUAAGUGGAAAUUCUAGUACAAUUGAUGAAGCUAGCAAGAAUGGUGACAAACAGCCCUAA